CAAAGUGCUUGUUAAAUCUUGUUGUGACUUAAUUAAUUGAAUAUCGCAUAAAAUGCGUCGUAUUUUCAAUGAAGACAUCUGUAGAUAUACAUUUAAGCCUGAAGAGAUCAAUGCAUCAGAGUUGUAUCGAUGGGAUAAGCAUGAUAUUGCUAAUAUAAUUAAAAAAAUUGGGGUUGAUGUAGGACACCUAAAGACUGAACAAUUUGAUGAAAUAUUCAUUGCAUACUUUAGCUGUAAGCUACAUAAGAAGUCAAAGUACAUGCUCAUAACACCAGAAUAUGAAGUAUAUUAUGCAAGAAAUUUGAAAGAAAUCAGUUUUACAAUCAGCAUGAAGAAGAAUGGAGUCAAAUGUCAAUGUCUAAAACCUGAUGUUUGGGAGGAAGGAAUAAAGAAAAUCCUAGCUUGUUUCAUGCAAACAUCUGAUGAUGAAGAUAGUGAGGAUGUGGAGCUAAAUGAUCAAAUAGAAGAACCAAAGAAUGAUCAAGUAGAAGAUAGAGAAGAGCUUGAAACCGAACAUUUCAUUGAAAUUCCGAAUAUUGAUGGAUUGAAGGAAUUAGAAGUCUUGUUCAGUAGUAAGAGACUGGAAAGAAACCGAACAUAUGAUGCUGUAAAAAUUAAAGACAUUGAAGACGAGAUUCAGAAACUAGCUGUUCAAAUUAUUAACUUUUAAGGUACUGAGCCUUUGGAUCAUUUGAUUCUUUUAAUUAAUAAAAAAAAACGGCUAAAAAAACUUUUUUUAAAAACAC